UAGAAAUAACCUAAUCGCAGGUUGUGCCCACGACUUUUGCGAAGUCCUUACUGAACUGGACGUAUGAAGAGUGCACGGACUUAACAUUGCACAAACCAAACAACGAGGUAUCAUACUCUCAACGCACAGAUUGCCAUUAUCAAGGACCACCAUGAGUGCUGUCACAUCAAGACUAACAAAAGAGCAAGAGAAGAGGAUCUGUUCCAUGAUCGGCCAUGCCAGACUCAGCCUGCUAUACAAAGCUAGCAUCCAUGGCUAUCCAUAUACUUCAUUUGUAUCUAAGUGCACCAGACAAGGUCCUACCUUGACUGUUGCAUACAAUAACUCAGGCUUUAUUUUUGGAGCAUACAUUAGUAAAGAUUAUGCACAAACAGGUCAAAAUGUCAUUGACGAAAAGGCUUUUUUGUUUAGCUUUGAUGAAAAGGAGCAGAAUCCAAGUGCUUAUCGCAUCACAAGUCAACCUGGCCAAUAUGUCUACACUGAUGGAAACUCUGGUCCAAAUUUUGGAUCUUUGGUAUUUCUCCACAACAAUGCAGCCACUGUGUACAGCAAUCCUGGCAAUUUUUUCAACUUUGAUCCAAUAAAGAUGCAUGGAAAUGAUUUACAGCUGAUUGAAUGUGAGGUUUACAGAGUUGAAGAGGGCAGUGUGCUGCUGCCAAAGCCAUGGAGGAGCAUCCAGUGGAAUCCAGAGAGGAGAAAGGAGCUCAUGGACAGCAUCAUGAAGUGGAGGCCAGGGAUCAACUCAGUGAGCCAGGCCCGCCUGCUGCUUGUCGGCCCAGUAGGAGCGGGGAAGUCAAGCUUCUUCAACUCUGUGUGUUCAGUCUUCAAAGGUCAUGUGAAAAUUCAGGCAAACACGGGCACUGCAGCAACUAGUCUGACCACACAGUUCCGAGCAUACUCCAUCAGAGGCUGCGGAGAAAAGCCCCUACCGUUGGUACUCUGUGACACCAUGGGAAUGGAGGAGAGCCUAAAUGCUGGUCUGGAUAUAGAUGACUACACAAGCAUCCUGAAGGGAAAUGUACCAGACCGUUACCAGUUCAACCCAUCAAUGCCCAUGCAAGAAACAUCUCCCGGAUUCCGGAAGUCUGUAGGAGUGAAGGACAAGAUCCACUGUGUGGUCUAUGUGAUUGAUGCCUCCAAAGUCAAACUCCUCCCAGACCGGAUGAUUGAAAAAUUUGCUGCAUUUCGCAGGAAGGCCAACCUCCUGGCUAUUCCUCAGGUUGUGCUCAUGACAAAGGUGGAUGAGGCUUGCCCAUUGGUCGCAGAUGAUCUGAAGAAUGUUUACUGCAGCAAGAAUCUUGAGGGAAUGAUGCGUGAGGUUGCUGUGCAGCUGGGACUGUCCAUGGCGGCGGUGAUCCCAGUGAAAAACUACAGUCAGGAAUUUGAGCUUGACCCAAUCACAGAUAUCCUCCUGCUGAACGCUGUCACCCAGAUGCUUCGAAUGGCAGAGAGCUACUUUGAUGACCUCGCUGAGGACGAAGAAAAAACUGACUAGAAGCCAUGUGUGGUGGGCAGGGGCGUAGCAGGAACUCAUGGGCCCUAGUAUAUACAAUCAGCACCAAUGGACACCCCCUCCCCAGCAAUAUAUCUAUAUAAAUCGGACUGUGUGUGGGCCCCCUAUAUACAUGGGGCCCUGGUAACCCCCCUGUACGACACCCACAUUAGUGGGGUUAUUUCAGUUCAUGUUGUUCUGUAGUUCAUUGAGAUUUCCUGUAUCUAUCCUCUCACUUAUUCUUCUUAAAUAAUUGUGCAUGUAAGAUCAGCCUGCAAGAUCCACCACAUUAGACUCACAUUAAUGUGCAUAUUUGGAACUUUUGCAUGCAAUAAUGAUAGGUUUGUGCCAUAUUCAGUGGGCUUUCAAUAUAUCUUCACGGAAACCGAUAUGUCACACAUUUUUGAUCAGAUGGACACUUUGUCCUUAAAAUUGUAAGGUAUCAAACACUUACUCUGACUUUGCUAACUCUGAAGGUUUAUCAGAUGUACCAUUCAUUCUUAAGUGUUGGAGUAAUUUCUCUCUCUUUUUUUUUUUUUGCUUUGUUUUUCCUUUAAUUCAAAGCUGUCACAGGUUAUUACGUUGGUAUGUAAUUAGCAUGUCAAUGAUGUUCUUAGUUGUUCCUCAAACACCAUUUCAAGCAUUGUGUCGUUUUUACUCAGUAUUUGAAUGUUUCCACCAAAACUUGAACUGAUGUAUUCUCUUAAUAUGUCGGUAGAAUUUAUUUAACUCUUACGCACUUUAAAGACACUGUAUAGUUUCACUUUUUUUGUUCUUGGUUAUCAAAGAUUGACAUUGACUGUAUGCCAUCAUGAGUAGAUGUUGUAGCUGAUUGGUUUCUUUUCCGUUCUACUGUAUGUCCCACUGGUUACUGUCUUACAUGUAACUUGUAAAUCAUGUGAAUUAUAUGCACACAGCUAUUAAA